CUCGGAGCCAAGACUUCCUCUCCUCGGUGUCAGCAAGGAUGCUGUGGGUUACCUUGCUGAGCACCGUAGCCUUAGGAUGGAGCACCCCGAUCCCACUGCUGGAGGACUCCGAGGAGAUCGACGAGCCCUGCCUGGAGCCCUGCUACUGCGAGGUCAAAGAAGGCCUGUUCCACGUCCACUGUGACAGUAAGGGAUUUACAAAUGUCAGCCAAAUCUCCCAGAUAUGGAGCCGGCCCUUCAAGCUCAACCUGCAGAGAAACUCCAUGAGGAAACUGUACUUCAACAGCUUUCAGCACCUCAACAACGCCAUCGCCAUCAACCUGGGGAACAACGCUCUGCAGGACAUCCACGCGGGAGCGUUCAACGGGUUGGGAAUUCUCAAACGGCUCUUCCUACAUGAAAACAAACUGGAAGUUUUCCGAAACGACACCUUUCUCGGGUUGGAGAGUUUGGAGUACCUCCAGGCGGACUACAACGUCAUCAAAAGGAUUGAAAGCGGUGCGUUCAGGCACCUGCACAAAUUAAGAGUGCUCAUCCUAAAUGACAAUCUAAUCCCCGUGCUCCCGAAUUAUCUUUUCCGGUCUGUGUCUCUCACACACCUGGACCUGAGAGGAAACAGGCUGAAGAUACUGCCGUACAAAGGCACGCUGGAGUACGUGGGCAGGAACUUGAUGGAAAUCCAGCUGGAAGAGAACCCCUGGAACUGUGUGUGCGAGAUCGUCCAAUUGAAGACAUGGCUGGAAAGGAUCCCGUACACGGCGUUGGUGGGUGAAAUUACGUGUGAGUAUCCGUUUCACCUACAUGGGAAAGACUUACGGGAAAUCAAGCGCAGCGAGCUUUGUCCUCUGCUCUCCGACGGUGAGAUCGAGGCCAAACUCGGAAUUCCCAGGAUCCCGUUCAGCACUGAGAACACGUGGCCUACUAAGCCAUCUUCCAUGCUGUCCUCCUUUCACAACACAGCCUCUUCUGUGGAAUACAAGGAGAAACUUAACGUCAAGCCCACUAAAAGGCCACGGCCCACAAAAAACCCCCCCACCCCCCCCAGCACCUACCCCGGCCUCCAUCAAACCCCCCCCGCCGGCUGCCCAACAAACACAGCCUCUUCUGUGGAAUACAAGGAGAAACUUAACGUCAAGCCCACUAAAAGGCCACGGCCCACAAAAAACCCCCCCACCCCCCACAGCACCUACCCGGGCAUCAAUCAAGCCCCUGUGGCCGGUUAUCAAACAAGACCUCCCAUUCCCAUAAUCUGUCCCUCCGGCUGCAUUUGUAACCUCCACAUCAAUGACCUGGGCCUCACCGUCAACUGUAAGGAAAAAGGCUUCCACAACAUCUCCGAGCUCCUGCCGCGACCCCUCAACGCCAAGAAGUUGUAUCUCAGUGGGAACUUGAUCCAGAAAAUCUAUCGUUCCGACUUCUGGAAUUUCUCAAGCUUGGACUUACUGCAUUUAGGGAAUAACCGCAUAUCUUACGUUCAAGAGGGGGCAUUUAUCAACCUGCCCAACUUAAAGAGUUUAUAUCUGAAUGGGAAUGACAUCGAGAAGCUGACGCCUGGGAUGUUCCGCGGGCUCCAGAUGUUGAGCUACCUCUACCUGGAGUACAACGUCAUCCGUGAGAUCCUGCCUCAUUCCUUCACCUUGAUACCCAACCUCCAGCUGGUGUUCCUCAAUGACAAUCUUCUGCGCUCCCUCCCCACCGAUGCCUUCGCUGGCACCGAUCUUGCACGCCUUAACCUUCGCAACAACUAUUUCCUUUCCUUGCCCGUGCGUGGCGUCCUAGAGCAUUUAACCUCUCUUGUCCAGAUUGACCUUCACCAGAACCCGUGGGACUGCUCCUGCGACAUCGUCCCCCUCAAACAGUGGGUGGAAAAACUAUCGUCCGUCAUCGUGGUCGGAGAGGUCACUUGCAAGACCCCGGAGUUUGCGUUUGGAAAAGACCUGCGUUCGCUGGAGGUUGAGGUCAUUUGUCCGGAGCUCAAGUAUUCCUCCGGUCCUCCGCGCGCUCUGCCCGGCGGGGAUGACCGUUCCACGGGGAGCUCCGAACUGGGGGAGGCGGACGGGAGAGGAGCUGUGCCGCUCUCCGUUCUGAUCCUCAGCCUCCUCAUCCUCUUCAUCUGUGCCGUGUUUGUGGCCGCAGGGCUCUUUGCCUUCGUUCUCCGCCGCAGCAAGAAGCUGCCCUUUAGGAAACGCUCCGAGGUGGAUCUGACCGGGAUCCCCAUGCAGUGCAGGAUCUUUGAGGACCCACCGAGACACAGCGGUGUCGGGAACAUCGGCACCCCAGAGAAACCAACUCCCGGUAUGCACACGCACAAUCACACGAGUCACGCACACGCCCACGGUCACGUUUAUGACUACAUCCCCCACCCUGUGACUCAGAUGUGCAACAACCCCAUCUAUAAACCCAGAGAGGGGGAGAUCGCAGAGGAGGACAGAGCGCAGUUCUCUGAAAAGAAAGACAACGGCUGCGGCGGCAACAGCAGUUACAGAACGCUGCUGGAGAAGGAGCGCGAGUGGAGCCUGGCCGUGUCCAACUCUCAGCUCAACACCAUCGUCACGGUCAACCACGCCACCGCUGACGUGGCAGGCUUUCACGAAAAUGGAGGCCUGUGCCCUACGGUCAUCGACAGUCAGAGGCCGACGCCCACGGUGGGAUUUGUGGACUGUUUAUACGGAACCGUUCCUAAACUUAAGGACACACACGUGGCUCACGCACACCCUCCGGGCAUGCAGUACCCCGACCUGCAGCAGGACGCACGACUGAAAGAAACAUUGCUUUUCACGACGGGGAAAGUUUGCUACUCCGACCCGUCGCAAAACGAAUACCUUGAAUUAAGGGCCAAACUUCAAACCAAGCCGGAUUACCUCGAAGUCUUGGAAAAAUCCUACCGUUUUUAACGUCCGGAGACAAAGACGGAGGAAAGGAAAACAAAAUACAACAGAGCAUAAAAAUCAACACACCCACUUUUUCACCCUUAAAACAAAUCCAACCGACUACAGUAUCGGGAAGAAAAAAAAUGAACUUGAAAAAGCAGCAUGGUAUAAAAUGAAAUAUUAUAUCACAUUUCCAAACAACCUUUCUCCCAAAAUCCCUCUGGAGGAGAGGCCAUUCUCAGAUGUUUCAAUAAAGUGCCUUCUUUUCUGAGUAGCCAGCAAUGUCAACAGCCGUUAUUUUUAUAGUAUAUAAAUAUGUGUAUAUGCCCACGAGAGACAAAAAAGCAAGAAGCGGGCGUUGGUGAAUCUCCUGAUAUACAUUUGUUACUAAAAUCUCUUUUUAUGGAGUUGUGCUGAUGUCGAAGACACACGGGAGCUGGACGUCUCCCUGACUCGAGGCUCUUUUACCCCUGACUAGGAUGUGCAAACAGCUGGUGGCGCUGCACGUAAAGUUUUUUCAGGAUGUUAUUUAAAGAAAGAGAGAGAGGGCGGGCGAGAGAGAGAGAAAGACAGAGUCAGACAGAGAGAGAGAGA